AUGAUAUACAAAGAGAUAUUAUCCUUCCACCCACAGAUCGCUUUAAGAGACAGAUUGCUGCUGCGCCCACGAGGGCUGCUGCCGCAGCAGCUGCUGCCGCUGCUGCCGAAGCAUCUGGCGAGCAGUUUGCUGCAGUUCGAUGAGGAGCAGCAGCGGGAAGAGCAGCAGCAGCAGCAGCAGCAGAUGCUGCAGCAACAGAUGCUGCAGCAACAGCAACAGCAACAACAGCAGCAACAGCAAGAGUUGCUCCAAAAGCAGCAACAACAGCAGCAACAACACAUGCUGCAGCAGCAGCAACAACAGCAGAUGCUGCAGCAGCAGCUGCAGCAACAGCUUCAACAGCAACUGCAACAGCAGAUGCAGCAGCAGCAGAGGGAGCAGCAGCAGCAGCAACUGUUAUUGCAGCAGCAGCUGCAGCAACAGCAACUUCAGCAGCAGCAGCUGCAGCAGCAGCAGCAACAACAGCAGGAUCAGCAGCAACUCAGCUCUCUUGUGCACAGGUCUUGCUGCAGCGCCCCUGCAGCAUCGUCUGAAGCAAACUCCAGAGAAGCGUUGCAGCAGCAGCAGCAGCAGCUGCUAAUGCCAGCAGCUUCAGCAACCGCAGCACCAGCAGCAGCCCCUGCGUCAGCAGCAGCAGCACCAGCUGCAGUAGCAGCUGCAGCAGCAGCAGCAGCAGCAGAAAGCAGCAGACUUGCUGCCAUUCGUCGGAUGAACCCUGUGGUAGAUUCCUUAGGACCCGCUAUACGCGCUCUGAAGCAGCAGCAGCAACAGCAGCAGCAGCAGCAGCAACAACAGCAGCAGCAGCAACUGCUGGAUAGCAUGCACGCGGGUAGCUGUCUUGCGCAUCAGCAGCUGCUGCAGCAACACCGUCAAUCGCUGCUGCUGCAGCAGUCCGCGUACUGCUCGCUGCAGCAGCAGAAGCAGCAGCAGCGAUUGAAUGCCGCAGCAGCAGCAGCAGCAGCAGUAGCAGCAGCAGGCGCUCCCCACAGACACUCCAUAGGGGCCAUCAGCGACACUGCAGCAGCAGCAAUGCAGCAGCAGCAGCACAAAGCCCCUUGCGUCGCUACAGCCCCAGCAGUUUCUCUUCAUCACCAGCGACAUCAGCAGCAGCAGCAGCAACAGCAGCAACAGCCGCAACAGCAGCAGCACUUCUCUCCGCAAAUGUAUAUGGGUACUUCUGCCCAGCACGACAACACAAAGAGACAGGCAACUGUUGCUGCUGCUGCUGCUGCUGCUGCUGCGCACAGCAGCAGCGUUUGCUCCCCCGUACAGCACCAGCUGACGAACUCGCAGCUGUCUGAAAUGCUGCAGCUGCAGCAGCAGCAGCUGCAGCAACAACAACAGCAGCAGCUGCAGCAGCUGGCGAGCAGCUGCUGCGGUGGCAGUUUCUGCUGCGACAAGUGCCGCUGCCUUGCUGCUGCAGCAGAAGGUGAAGGGCCUGAGGUAUUACGCAGCAGCAGCAAAGCACUGAGACAAGCAACCAGCAGCAGCAGCAGCACUGCAGCAACAGCAGCAGAUGUUGCUUCGCUAUUGAACUGGCCCUCGUCCGGCAGCAGCAGCAGCAGCAGCAGCAGCAGCGAUAGCAGCUGCUGCACCUCGGCCUGGGCUGCUGCAGGUAGUCGCAACACAACGAGGUCUUCUUUAGGGGGAGAUGCUGCAUUUGGUUCAGGAGAAGGGUACCCACAGCAGCAGCAGCAGCAGCAGUUGCUGCUGCUGCAGCAGCAGCUGCAGAAGCAGCAGCAACUCGCGCUGCUGCACCGCGUUAUGCAGCAGCAAAUGGCGCGGCAGCAGCAGCUAAUUGAUCAGCAGCAGCUGCGCCUCAGCCUGCAGCAGCAGCUGCAAGGCAGCCACGUCAUUGGCUCCUCUGCACCCCAACAGCAGCAGCAGCAACAGCAGCUGCUGCAGCAGCAACUGCAGCAGCAACUACAGCAGCAACUGCAGCAGCAGCGUAUCCACCAGCAAGGGGCAAGGCUACGCGUCGCUCCCGAUUACACGGACGCAGCAGCAGACCCGAAUGCAGCAGCAGCUGCUGCUGCUGCUGUUGCUGCAGCAGCAGCUACCAGCCGCUGGGUGCUGCCGGGCCAGCAGCAGCAGAAGCAGCAGCCCUAUACUUCGUAA